AACUCAAUAUGUCGUGAUAAUCACGAGAUCUUACGGUGAGUCGAAGAUCGCCCUCGACGAAAUGGCUUUGACUUUCGUUAUCUCUUUGCUUUUCCUAUCUGAAGUUGUUGCAAAGCCAUUGUCGGAAACUCCUCCGCAAUGGUCCAACGCUUAAACUGUCUCUGGCGUGCUGCGCUUGCCUUACGCGGAAAUCGUGGAACCAAUGGAGGUAUGGUUUGACGGUGAGAAUGGCAGAAGCAGGAUCGAUUAUUAUUCAGGGUUGGAUGUUACAAUUCAGCGAGGAGAUGUUGGGAUGUUCGGUUUAAGUUACAGGGUUUGUCCAGAGACUACUGAGACUGAGUUCAAUGUGAAAACCUGCUUCCAAGUAAAGGGAACCAAGGAUGCCCGAGUCAAAAUACAGUCAGUUUUGCCUGAUCUCUCUAAUUUCAAGUUUGGUGGCUAUGGUGUCUGUCGUUCAGGCAACUGCACUGUAUGGACUUACAAUCAAACAGAACAACACAAAGUUAACACAUACAACAUGUAUACAUCCCAGUCUAAACCCCCAAAUCCUGUUCGCUAUGAAAUGCUCGGCUACGAUACCCUUUUGGGUUCUCACUAUGACAAAUAUUUGAUCGAUUAUAUGGAUUAUUCAUCUCAAAUGCCACCCGCGAAAGUGUUUGAGAUCCCAGGUAUGACUUGUAGAGAUUUCCCUGGCCCUGGGGCAAUGACAAGCUUAUUGGCAAACCCUAUGCAAGAGUUUGUUGAACCUUAUGGCCAUGAAAAAGUACAUGAGCUGUUUGAACACUUCUUAAUCAAGCACCCCAAAAGAUAUGCCAAUACAGUGCAGAGGGAGGAGCAUAACAAGCGCAGAAACAUCUUUCGACAAAAUUUGAGGUUCAUUAAUUCGCACAAUCGUAAGCACGUUGGUUUUCAAGUUGCUGUAAAUCACUUGGCGGACCGCUCACCUGAAGAACUCAGAUUACUUAGGGGGCGUACUCAUACGGAAGGGUAUAACGGUGGGCUACCAUUUAAACCAGACUUGUCAACUUUGAAGGAUGUCCCGGACACUAUGAACUGGCGACUUUAUGGAGCGGUGACCCCUGUUAAAGAUCAAGGGGUGUGUGGGUCGUGUUGGAGUUUUGGCACGACCGGGACAAUCGAAGGUGCUUUGUUUCUCAAGACAAAGAAACUUGUCGGCCUUUCUCAACAAAAUCUGAUCGAUUGUUCUUGGGGUUAUGGUAAUAACGGAUGUGAUGGCGGAGAGGAGUUCCGAUCAUAUCAGUGGAUAAUGAAUCAUGGGGGUAUAGCGACGGAAUAUAGCUAUGGACAGUAUCUGGCACAGGAUGGGAGAUGUCACACAGGGACCAUUGGUGCCAAAAUAGCAAGCUAUGUAAACGUCACCUCAGGAGAUCUUAAAGCGCUCAAGGUUGCCAUAGCUCAGAAAGGGCCAGUAGCAGUUGGAAUAGAUGCUUCGCACCGGUCAUUUGCUUUCUACUCCUUUGGAGUGUACUACGAGCCUCAAUGUGGAAAUAGUCCUGAAGACUUGGAUCACGCAGUGCUAGCCGUUGGUUAUGGCACCAUGAAUGGGCAAGCUUACUGGCUGGUAAAGAAUUCGUGGUCCACACACUGGGGCAAUGAUGGCUACGUCCUCAUGUCUCAGAAGGGUAACAACUGCGGUGUUGCGACCGAUGCAACCUUUGUUAACCUAGUAUAGUUUAGAAUCGCUUGGUUGCUUCAUGCGAAUCAUUAAACGAAUCGGUUUUAAACCAAAGUAGGUUCGCUGACUGAAUUAGCUUUGAUACUCUAGAGGGCUGAACCUAAAACUAUGAAAUAUUAGUGAAAUAAUGUAAACGAUUCGCGAAAGUAAAAACAUUAAACCUAUUUUUGCAGA